AUGUCAGAAUGGUGGCUUAAUGCAUUAUUCGAUACUUACGACAAGGGAAAGCAAAAAGUUGAGGAUUUUGGCGUUACAGCUACACAAGCUAUAACUCACGUUUAUGGUAUUACUAAAGACGCGUGGAGUGAAAUUAUAGAAAAACAACGUUUCAAUGAAUAUUUAGACAGCUUUGAGCUGAAUAAGUUAGGUUCUGAGAUCCCAAGAUCGUCUAAAGUUGCCUUUAGUGAGAAUGGGAACGAAGGUAAGAUUUUUAGCGUUUUGGUGGGUAUUUUGAGCAAUCGAGCACUUAAGAUAGGAGCUGGUAUUACGGCAGCAGGGAUCCUACUUUAUGGAGUUGGGAAGUUUGCUAUCCCAACUCUACCGGCUCAUUUGGAGACCGACAAGGAAGUUUUGCUUAUUAUUGGAGAUAUGUCUGAUCCAAUAACGAGGUCUUUAGUGUACGAUUUGUACAGAAGAGGCUUUAUUUUGUUUAUCUGCAGCACCAAGGAAGGAAAUGAUACGCAACUCGAGGAGGAGUACGAGCAGAUUCCGUCUCCUUGGGACAAGGAGGACGGGUUGAUACAUAUUACGUCUUUGAAAGCGUCUUUGACGCGCUUUUCGAAAUACCUAGAACAGGAGAACAAACACUUGAGGGGUAUCGUUGUGAUUCCCAACGUGAGCUAUUACACCUCAGGGAUCUUUACGAAUAUAUCAUCUGAUCAGCUAAGAACCGAAUUAGCUGUUAAUUUUGUUAAUAUUUGGGGUAUUUUGUCGAGGCUCAUUCCUCAGUUUAACACUGCCUACAAAGACAAGUUGCAGGUAAUAGUGUGCAAUCCUUCGCUAUCGAAGAAUCUAAACGUUCCGUAUCACUCACUAGAGGGCUUAGUCUCUUCGCUUAUGGAUUCUCUAUACCAGAUUAUGAAGAACGAGUGCUCGUACCUCGCUGAUGUCUACCAGUGCCAUUUAGGUAUCUUGAACGUCGCUGCCAAUGCCUCUAACUAUAAAUACUUGACGAUAUCCGGCAGUCACACUAUGAAUUCGCUAUGCACUCCGAUUUAUGAGUUGCUAUUAUCCAACGACUACAUAUGGUUCCGGUUCAAGCGCUGGCUCCAGGGCUCAACGUUAUACUGUGGUAAAGGUUCUAUCAUCACAAAUUGGUUGAAAACAUGGACACCAGUAUGGAUAUUGGAGCUAAUAUAG